AUGUCGGAGAAGAGGGAGUGCGGCCACAACGACGGCGAGUGCAAGCGGCGCCGGAUUUACCGCCGAAUCAUCGCUUGCAUCCUCUUCCUGAUCACCCUCGUCCUCCUUAUCAUCCUCAUCGUCUGGCUCGUCCUCCGCCCCACCAAGCCCCGCUUCUACCUCCAAGACGCCUCCCUCGUCCAGCUCAACCUCACCGCCGACGCCGCCAUCCUCACCACCUUCCUCCAGGUCACCAUCUCCUCCCGCAACCCCAACGACCGCAUCGGGAUCUACUACAACCGCCUCGUGGCCUACGCCCGCUACAACAGUCAGCAGAUCACCUCCUCCACCGUGCUCCCUCCCGUCUACCUGGCCCCCCACGAACAAGUCAUCUGGUCUCCUUUCCUCUUCGGCGGCGCUGUCCCCCUCGACUCCAACCUCGCCGCCGCUCUGUACCAGGACCAGAAAGCGGGGUUCGUCCUCAUCUCUGUGCGCGUGGGCGGCCGCCUCCGGUGGAAGGUCGGCACAUGGAUCUCCGGCCGGUACCACCUCCACGUCAACUGCCCUGCGUUGCUGGUGCGGAAGCCUGGAUCCUACGACUUCCGGUUCCAGCAGAGCACCCGGUGCAGCGUUGACGUCUGA